AUGGCUUCACAUCCAAGUACAGCAUACCAAGCAGUACCACCAGCUGUAAACCUUCAAGAGUUUGCUGCGGACCUGUCUGCGUCCGUAAACAAAGCCAUCACUCAAAAGGGGUACACUAACGUGUUUGUUCUGGCCUUUCAUUGGGAGAAUGACACUAUGGGGGUGGCAGGGCUUGAGGCCGAGUUGCUCAAUUUGUUUAGGCACACAUACCUAUUUCAAGUUGAGAACUACGUUAUACCACUCGUAGGCUCGCAGCUUGAGUUGGUGAUGCAUCUCGGGAAGUGGUUCAAAAAGUAUCAAGGGGAAGACAUAUUGAGGAUCAUCGUGUACUCAGGACAUGCUAGUGAUGCUGGGACAGGCGCCUAUCACUGGGAGUUGUUUGGUCAAGUGAACAACCAAGGGCAACGCCAAGGGCCGUCAUUAAACUGGUGGGCAGUUAGAGAUUGUCUUAGAGGCUUCGAUGGGGAUACUUGUUUUAUCUUCGACUGUUGCUCCGCUGGCUCCUUGGCCUUAGAUGACGAUAGUGGUGAUGAGCUAAUCUCCGCCUCCGGCUGGGAAGCAACCGCUGCCGCUAACCUCCCUUCAUCCUUCACGCAGGCUCUAAUUGAUACCUUACGCAACCUCAACGGAGCCCCAGCGACCCUGGCCCAAAUAUACGCCACCAUUUUUCGUCUAGCGCACAAUAACCAAGUAGGGGCUUGUCCCGUCCAUAUCCCACAUCGUAGUAAGCCCAGUAUCACCAUCGCACGUCUUGGCAACCAGAGAGUACUUGGUAGUACGAGGAAACGCCCAGAAGCAGUGAUGAUGAUAAGGGCCAGAAUCUGUGCAGAUAUGCCACAUGAUCCUACUGCGUGGAAGGCGUGGCUAUCCCAGAACAUCCCGCCCGAUGUUGUCGAAGCCGGGGUGACCGUUGAGGCGGUGGCCAGGGGAUCAUGUAUUCUGAUCCUCAAUGUGCCUGUUGAAGUCUGGACGAUGCUCCCUCGCGAUGACCGUACCUACACCUUUAUCGCACACUAUCACAGAGAAGAAGUCCGCCAUGACGACUAUAUGGAUUUCGUGACGAGGGGCCUAAGAAAGGCUUUCGACUUAGAUCGCCGUCGGUCCGCAUCUCCGGGGGAACGUCAAGCUUCCUCCCGCGAGAGAUCGGAUUUUAUUGCGGAGGGGCUGAAGAAGGCUUUCGAUUUAGAUCGCCGUCGGUCCGCGUCCCCGCAAGCUUCCCCCCGCGAGAGGCCACACCACCACCGCCAAGAAGAGUUCCGGCGCGCUCCCAGCCCUCACCCCGGUCGACAACAGUCCCGGGUUUCCCACUCCGACUCCCGCUCAUACCAACAGGCUCCCGGUCAAGGUACCUCCCGGGUUUCUGCCUUCCACGAGCCCCGUGGACAAUCUUCCCGGGCCCCCGGCCGAUAUGAUUCCCGCGCGGCCGAGUUGACUCAACGGGGCCUGCCCGUCGACACCCCCUCAGGCCCCUCAGGCCCCUCCCGCCGUGAACGCGAUGCGUGA